AACUGUAUCCAGUGUCGCGACCACGGUAACUCCUCUCGUUUAAAGCCGCUUCUUUUUCAAAGAAAUCAGAGCAUGUAAAUGUGUAAAGUCGUCUUAAAUUGCGCUUUUUUCGUAGUUGAGGUUGUUUGACACCAAACUCAUCAGGUUUUCCGUAAAAGUAGCUUAGCUUGUUAAACUGAACCGGACAAAGAGGCUAAAAAACGUCUUUAACGAGUUUUUCAGAGGAGAAGAGAGCUCUGAUUAUCCACAGGAUGUCUAAAGUCCAAAUGUUGAGCGUUUUCGUGAACCAGAGACUGAGUGCAGCUGCUGAAGAGAUCUUUGAGCUGUUUGAAAGAACGAUAUUAGAGUACGAGGAGAAACUCUGUGGAUCUAAAGAGAAUCAACACAAACAACAGAUGAUCAACUACACAACAGGUUCAUAUCCUUUUAUUAUUGUCCUCUAUCAAUGAUUGUGGAAAAAACAGCAUCAUUUUAAAGUUAAGUUUUACAUUUGUUAGUGUUUUACAGAGACUGUGAAGACUGUUGAUGUUUUUAAGAAGAGGCUCAAGACUCUCCUUUUUAACCAGGAUUUUUACUGAUUACCUUUAUAUAUUUUUCUCGUAUUGCAAAUGUUUAUUUUAAUCAAAGUUCUUCAUGUUUAUUUUAUGUCAUUUUAUUAAUUAUCUCUGUUCUUGGUCUUUUUCUGAAUUCCUGUCUUAGAGGUUUUUACUUCUUUUACCUCUUUAACCUGGUAAAGAGCUUUAACUUAUCUUUUCAUUAAAUAUUAUUUUCCUGUUUUAGUCCGUCAGGUUCUACUUUUUCUUUAUUAUAUGUUUAUUUUUAUCUCCAGAGUUUCCUAAAGGUCGCUCUUUCCUCACUUAAUGUCUCGGUGUCAGGCCAUGUCCCUUUAAUAAUAUAUCUUAAAUUCUCACACUGUUUGUGCUUGUGUGUGUACGUAUGGGUAUGUGUCUUUGUGUGUGUGUGUGUGUGGGUGGGAGGUGGGGUUUUUUAUUGUUGUUAAUCGUUGUUUUUAGCCCCUAUGAGGAACUUUGAAAUACAUUUUUGUCUGAAAAGUGCCAUAAAAAUAAAGUUGAAUUCAUAAAAUGUGUACGUUUUUCCUCUUAUGAUAAAAGCUGAAUUCAAAGACUUUGUUUUUCAUUUUAAUCCAGAUGUUCAGCAGCUGUUGGUGGGUAAAGAAGGGGAUCCCUCUGGGCAGCAGGAGAGGAACUCCAGCCUGGACCAGUACGGCACACCAGAACCACCGAUCAUUAAAGAGGAACAGGAGGAACUGUGGAGCAGCCAGGAGGGGGAGCAGCUUCAGGGACUAAAGGAGGCUGGUGUCAAUAUGCUAAUAAUAACUCCGGUCCCUGUGAAGAGUGAAGAAGAGGGUGACGGAGAGGAACUUCAGUCCUCACAGCUUUAUGAAAACCAAACUAAAAAAAACAUCGACACAGAGUUUUUGAAAACAGAAGCAGGUUUAGCGGACUGUGGAGAAUCAGAACCUGACUUCAAUCCAGACAGUUAUUUACAACCCAUUACUGAUGGAGAGACUUCUGAAUCUGAGACUGAGGCCGGUUUAACCACUCUGGAAAACAGUGAAGCACCUGUAGGUGAUGGACAUGUUACAGAGGAAACAUCAGCGAGCUUCUCCAGUUGUGCUACAAAGUCUGGACAAAAAAAUGAACAGCACAAAAAUAACAGAAUACAGAGGAAUGAAAAAACAUUCAGUUGCUCAGUUUGUGGUACAAGAUUUUCCAAGAAGAAAUAUUUGGCUGUUCACAUGAUGUAUCAUACAAAGGACAAAAAUUUCAGCUGCUCGGUUUGUAAAAGAAAAUUUCUCUGGAGAGCUCGCCUUGAAGAGCACAUGAGAAUCCACACCGGAGACAAACCCUUCAGCUGUUCUCUCUGUGAUAAAAGUUUCACUAAGAAGUCCAACUUGUACCAGCACCAAAAAGUUCACACAGGAGAGAAACCCUACAGUUGUUCUGUUUGUGGUAAAAGUUUCACAAUGAAGUCAAAUUUUUACCACCACCAACAAGUUCACACAGGAGAAAAACCUUACCACUGCUCUGUUUGUGAGACAAGUUUCCUUCGCAAAACCAACCUAGUUCGACACAUGAGAGUCCACACAGGAGAGAAACCCUUCAGCUGCUCCAUUUGUGGUCGGGGUUUCAAACAGAAGUCAACUCUGUGCAGACACCAACAAGUUCACACUGGAGAGAAACCCUUCAGUUGUCCCGUUUGUAACAUAAGUGUCGGCCGUAAAACUCAGCUGGAAGUUCACAUGAGAAUCCAUACGGGAGAGAAACCCUUCAGUUGCUCCCUGUGUGGGAAAAGAUAUACAGAACGUCGAGGUCUGAAGCGUCACGCAAUCACACACUCAGGAGAAACUAGUCUGGUUACAGAGGUGGAGAUUGAAGAAUUGACUGAAUUAGUCUCAGAUAAUGCAAAGAGCUGCAAAAAUGAGUGAAGCUGUACAGACGCUUGGCCAUCACAGAGACGCCCAUGACUGUGUCACAGUCCAGAAACCCAAUUAUCAUGUCUUUUCUUUUUUAUUUAUUUUACAGUGUAACUAUUUGUGUAUCAUGUCUUUGGUAUCAUGUAAAAAUCCUCAAAUCAUAUUCGAACAAUUCAAAAUUUGUUUCUUAAAAUUACAUGACUGCACGCCUCAUUCAGCACCAUAAUGUAUAAUUUACUGAAUUAUCCUGGUUAUGAGAAAAAAAACUGUGAAAAUCGUAUCUUUGAAAAAAUAAAUUUCAUCACAAGACUAGCUCAGUUACUACUCAAAAAAUUGGUUGAAGUCUGCCACCGGUCUGACUACGGUCUUCAUCUAACACAGAAUCAAACUGUACAAUAUUAUGAUGACAAUCAAAUACUCCAGACUAGUUCAUUUUUUAAAUCCUCAUUAGAAAACAUCUGUUUUGGAUUGGUGCUGCGUAAAUAAAGAUUGACUGACUGCAGAGCCGGCCCAAGGCAUAAGCGAACUAAGCACCUGCUUAGGGUCCUUUGGCCAGUAGGGGGCCCCCAAGAGCAAUCAAAAGAAAAAUAAUUAAAAUAUAUAAAUUUUUUGCAUGUAUGAGUGAUGGUUUCCGUAUGAUCAGAUAUAAACAUCAUUGUAAAAAUAAAAUAAAAUGAAGUAAAAACA